UCUUCAGCGCCAUCUAUCGUCAUCGUGCAUCAAAUUUCCAACACGCACAUGGGCUGAUGCAUGGUGUGAUCAGACAUUUCUAUGGAAAAUUUAUUACUCACCAGCAAAGAGAAUGUUGCGUAUAAGCAGACACUUAGUCUCUGGGAGGGCCGUCAUAAGAAGCCAGCUUGGAACAGGUGGAAAAUAUCAUGUGACCACCUCACGAUUCCUGUGUACAAGUGAAGACGCUGAUAAAAAUGUCAUCAAGAAGUACACAAUCCCUGGUGACUCCUCCGUAUCCCAUGAUGCACUGGGCUCACGUACGGAAAUGGUUUCCCAGGACAAGGUUGUUAUCAUGGAUCUUGGGUCACACCGCACUCCAAACAACAGUGAGAAGACAGUGCCAUCUAGUGAGGAAUAUGUGACAACGGAAAUAUAUGAAAAUAUAACGUCACAGAGUGGUGUGACAUCAGAUACUGGUGUGACAUCACAGAGUGGUGUGACAUCACAGAGUGGUGUGACAUCACAGAGUGGUGUGACAUCACAGAGUGGUGUGACAUCAGAUGCUAGUGUGACAUCACAGAGUGGUGUGACAUCAGAUGCUAGCGUGACAUCACAGAGUGGUGUGACAUCAGAUGCUAGUGUGACAUCACAGAGUGGUGUGACAUCAGAUGCUAGCGUGACAUCACAGAGUGGUGUGACAUCAGAUACUAGUGUGACAUCACAGAGUGGUGAAACAUCAGAUACUAGUGUGACAUCACAGAGUGGUGUGACAUCAUCCACUGCCACAGCAGAUUUAGACAUAAAUGAUACAAAUGUGGCAAACUCAAAUAGAGCAACAGAUAUAAAGGAUUCAAAUUCCAUGAUGGAUUCUGAGGAUUCUUGUAGAGAUACAGUGUUAGGAACAGAAGCAUCGACUCUAAUGCCAACAGAAACUGAUGAUUCAUGGGUAACAGCACCAGUGCAUUAUGGGAAGGAUGAGGACCAGUUACAAUCCAACUCAGAGCUGGAUUCUGAGCAGUAUGAAAGUUCUGGCACAGAAAUGCCCUUGCCUGUUGUACAGGACACUGAAGUGACGCAUUAUCAAACAACAACCAAAUACAAGCCUAAAUCGGAGUGGUUGCUGAGUCAGCUGAAGAAGUCAGGAUGUGAGGUACCCCAGGACAAAGCUGUGUUUCGGGCGCUGGCGUUCUCCGAGUAUCAACAGAUCCUGACCAGGUACAUGGAGAAACGGCCAGUGAGGGGAGACCAUAGUGGAGAAACAAAAAGAAAGAUGGGAGAGAGAAAGCGCGACAUUCAAAAUCUUUACACAGGCAAGUUUGUCUCUUUUGUUCCAUUUGUGAAUGAGUCGGUGCUGCUUCAGAAGCUGCUGGCGCUGGGCGUCGACUUGUCCCGGCUGGAGAAGAAAGGAAUCGCGCACAGAAUUCUCAAGAUGGACUUUGAUCGAGAUGUGGCUCCGUAUGUGAAGUUUCUGAACAAACAUGGCGUGGAGAAGGUUGGACGAUAUCUGUCCAUCAAUCCAUGGCUGCUAACUGAAGAUAUUGAUGACCUAGAGGUCAGAAUCAACUAUUUUCUCUCCAAAAGGUUCACUGCCGAAGAUGUACAGGUCAUUCUGAGUAACGACCCUAAGUUACUGUGUCGCACUGUCCAAGAUAUUGACACACGCCUGGGUAAACUACAGAAGACGUUCAACCUCUCAGGUGUUGAAGUGAGACAGAUAGUGAUAAAAUAUGCCAAAAUUGUUUCUUUUCCUCUGGAAGUGAUUGAGUUGAAUCACCUCCAUCUCUGUAAAAUGCUUCAUUUUGAACAGUACGAAGUAGAAAAGAUGGUCAUAAAAAAGCCAGAUAUUUUAACUAUUAGGCCUGAAUCUCUCGUCCACAGAUUUGAGUAUAUUCACAAUGAAAUGAACAUCCCCCAUGAGAUGAUAGUCAAUUUUCCUCUUAUUCUCACCACCAGCAUCCAUCGUCUACGAGAACGCCAUAGUUACCUGCGCCAUGUUGGGCGCGUGCAGUACGAUCCAACCAAAGAAAACUAUGUAUCGCUGGAAGUGCUCGCACUCAGCAACGAUACACAUUUCAUAGAGAAAGUUGCCAAGACAACCAUGGAAGAGUUCCAUGCUUAUCUGAAAACAAUCUAAGCAGAUUUUUGAGAGACGGAGAAUACAAAACUGAGUAAAUAAUUACACCUGUUGGAAAAUUUCACGUAGAGACAUACUUGUUGGCUUCAGAUGGAAAUAAAUUGAUAUUUACA